UCAGGUUAGCAGUUUCAUGCAACCUGAAUCCCCUAGUGAAAUGGUACAAUGGUUUGCCAGAACCUCCUCAAGGCCAACUGGAAGUACUUUUCCAUGGUUGCCACCGUCUUCAGAUGAGCCCUGGGGAAAUCAUUGAGUUUGUUCAAGAUGAAGUGACUGUUAACCCAGUCCAUAAGAGCCAUAACUGGCCAGCUCCUUUAUUCAGCCAACGAUAAAUGUCUGUGUGCCUAAUGUCUCAGGUUUAUAUAGUGAGGAAAACAGAGAACAGUACCUUGUGGUGCUCCAAAUUUUAUUUUGUUUGAAUUUGUCGUGACCCGGAACCUUUAAUAUAGUGCUCGCCAUCUAGUUUCCAAUCGGACCGACUGUAAGUCCCAGCGACUUCCGGUGUUUGGUUCGUCGAAAACAACGUGGAUCGUAGCGUAUGUGUAAUGAGGGGUCGUAGCAUCGUUAACUAUUAAAAAUGCAGAUAUCAAACGUAAACGAUGUUAAAAUAUAUAAUUUGAGUCAUGGAAAGUCUCUUCCAGAGUGGUUGUCGGACCGGAAGAAAAGGCAGCUUCAAAAGAAAGAUGUCGACAUUCAGCGCAGGAUUGAGCUCAUCCAGGACUUUGAGAUGCCCACCGUGUGCAGCUCCAUCCGAGUGUCCCGGGACGGUCAGUUCAUCCUGGCCGCAGGCACUUACAAACCCAGGAUCCGCUGCUACGACACCUAUCAGCUGUCGCUGAAGUUUGAGCGGUGCUUGGAUUCAGACGUUGUGGCCUUUGACAUCCUGUCAGAUGACUAUUCAAAGCUGGUGUUUCUGCUGGGCGACCGCUACGUGGAGUUCCACUCCCAGAACGGUCACUACUACAAGACCCGGAUCCCCAAGUUCGGCCGGGACUUUUCCUACCACUACCCCUCCUGCGACCUCUACUUUGUGGGGGCGGGCUCACAGGUGUACAGGCUGAACCUGGAUCAGGGCCGCUUCCUGAACUCGCUCCAGACCGAGGCUGUGGAGAACAACGUGUGCGACAUCAACCCCGUCCAUCACUUGUUUGCGACCGGGUCCGCUGAGGGGCGGAUCGAAUGCUGGGACCCCCGCGUCCGGAGCCGAGUGGGCCUGCUGGACUGCGCCCUGAGCAGCCUCCCCGCCGGGGCGGAAGUUCAGAGUUUGCCGUCCAUCAGCGCCCUGAAGUUCAACGGCUCCCUCACCAUGGCGGUGGGCACCAGCACUGGGCAGGUGCUGCUGUAUGAUCUGCGCUCCAGCCAGCCGCUGCUGGUCAAAGACCAUUUCUACAACCUGCCAAUCAAGUCCAUCAACUUCCACAGCCAGCUGGACCUGGUGGUGUCGGCCGACUCCAAGAUAAUAAAGAUGUGGAACAAAGACACCGGAAAGAUGUUCUCCUCCAUACAGCCUGAGAGUGACAUCAACGACGUUUGCAUGUAUCCUAAUUCAGGAAUGCUCUUCACUGCCAACGAAGACCCAAAGAUGAACACAUUUUACAUCCCGGCGCUGGGCCCCGCACCUCGCUGGUGCUCCUUCCUGGACAACCUCACGGAGGAGCUGGAGGAGACCCCAGAGUGCACGGUGUACGACGAUUACAAGUUUGUCACCCGGAAGGAUCUGGAAAAUCUGGGUUUGUCUCACUUGGUGGGAUCCUCCCUGCUCAGAGCUUACAUGCACGGCUUCUUCAUGGACAUCAGGCUGUAUCACAAGGUGAAAACCAUGGCGAAUCCGUUUGCAUACGAGGAGUAUCGCAAGGAUAAGAUCCGUCAGAAGAUCGAGGAGUCCAGAACCCAGAGGGUGCAGGUUAAGAAACUGCCAAAGGUGAACAAAGAGCUGGCUCUCAAGCUGAUGGAGGAAGGAGACCAAGAGGCCGAUGAGGCUUCCAGGAAAAAGAAGGGCAAGGUUCUCCCCAGCAUCCUGGGAGACGACCGCUUCAAGGUGAUGUUCGAGAACCCGGACUACCAGGUGGACGAGCAGAGCGAGGAGUUCCGGCUGCUCAACCCCAUCGUCUCCAAAGUGGGACAGAAACGGAGGAAGAAGCUGAAAAUGCUGGCUCAGCAGGCGGUCGCCGCCAAGGAGGGGGCUGAGGAUGAGGAGGAGCCGGAGGGCCGGCCCAGCUCUGAGGAAGACAGCUCCGACGACGACAAGAGCUGGGUGGAGGAGGUCCGGGAGCAGAGGCGGCUGAUCCGGCAGGAGGACUGGGACCGCCGGAGGCGCGACAGGAAGCAGGCCGACCGCAACACCGUCCUGCUGGAGAGGGAGGAGGGCUCCGGCGCGGCCGAGAGCAAGAAGACCAGCCAGCCCAAGUUCUAUCAGAUCAAAGCCGGAGAGGAAUUCCGAAGUUUCAGCAACGUGGGCGGAAGCAAGCAGAAGCUGCAGAAGGCUUCUCUGGAGGAUCGCCUGAAGCUGGAGGAAAACUCCGGGGUCAGCAGCAUGGCUGACACAGCAGUGGGCAGCAAGCAGCUGACCUUCACGCUCAAAAAGUCGGAGCAGCAGAGGAAGCAGCAGCAGCUGGAGCGGGAGCACCACGAGGAGAGGAGGAAGCUGAGGCGCUCGGCCGGACACCUGAGCAGCGCCAGAGGAAGAGGAAGAGGCUGGGGCAGCCGAGGAAGAGGCCGAGGAAGAGGCCGCCACUGAGGAGUCCUCCGCUAAUGGCCAAGACAGCCGAUCGGAGCAGAGAUUUUUUUUUCCACAACCUGAUGGGCCGGGCGGAAAGACGCCCGACCUGCUGUGGGGGGGGGGGGUCUGAGCUCAGGGACAAGGACAAAUCAUCCUGACUUUUUCGGAGGAUGAAAAAAUACUUUUGUACUUUUUCAUGAUCUGCUUUGUUUUAAAAAAAAAAACACAAAAAACAUAUUCGCCUUAUCAGUGAUAUUUAAUGAAUUACAGUUCAUAGGCUGUUUUAAAUCUUCCAGUUUUCUUCUUUACUGUCACUCCUCCAUCCUGAUGGGGCUUUUUGUGAAGAAUGUAUUCUGAACCUAUUAAUUUCUUUCUAAAGAAAUAAGAACAAAUCGUGUGUCUUUGUGACAGGCUGCUGAUUGCAAACCAAAUCUUUGGAUCGCGGCGUUUUUCA